CUGCGGGCUAGCCACAAGGCAAAACAGCUCCACUUUAUUAGAUCUCUAUCCCAGGGGUCCCCAACCCCAGGCCAAGAUCCAGUCAGUGGCCUGUUAGGAACAGGGCUGCACAGCAGGAGGAUCCCAAAUACACAGGAAGUACUCAAUCAGUAGUUAUCUGAAUUUAUGGAUGGUAACCCAAACUCUGAGUGAAGAAACCUCUACCGAUGGAAGGCUAACAAGGUGCUCGGAGCUGAGGCCGGAGAUUAGCCCAUCAGGAGGAGGGGCCUCUUCGGUCCCGACCCGUUGCCGGGAUACGCGGAGGCGCUCAGCCUCAACUGGCUGGGCCUGAGGGCUCAGGAAAGCUACAAGUGUAAGUGGGUGGUCUCGAGGCAGCGAACCCGUACGUGGAGAUGAGUGGUGCGCUCCGCAGUGGCGUGACCUGGAGUGUUGCUACCUCCCUCAUUCGGCGCUGAAGGAGGUGAGGAAGAACUUCCAGAAGGGAUUAUAAAGCUGUUCAAAAGGGCAAGGAAAUGGAAUAACGGAGCUAGUUGGAAUGAGCAAAUUUUAAGUUUUGGUGUGAACAUAUUCAGUAUGAAGUGAUAAUGGCGUAUCUCAAUAGAAAUUUUCAAUAAACAAUUGAAAAUUUAGAAUCGAUAUACAGUUUAAAGGACAGACCUGCAGACAUUGAUGAGUCAUCAACAUAGUUGAAGUGAUUAAAGUAAAGAAGCAAUGGCUAGUAACCACAAACCUUCAGUAGCUCGCCCUGUUUCACGAGGUGGAAUUGGGUUAACAGGAAGGCCUCCUUCUGGAAUAAGACCCCCGUCAGGAAACAUUCGAGUGGCAACUGGAAUGCCACCUGGAACAGCAAGACCAGGCUCUCGUGGUGGCCCCAUGGGGACCGGUGGAGUUCUGUCUUCUCAGAUUAAAGUUGCAGAUCGUCCUGUAACACAACAAGGUUUGAGUGGAAUGAAAACUGGAAUUAAAGGUCCCCAGAGGCAAAUUUUAGACAAAUCUUAUUAUCUUGGGCUUCUUCGGAGUAAAAUAAAUGAACUUACGACAGAAAUUAAUAAACUACAGAAAGAAAUAGAAAUGUACAAUCAAGAGAAUUCGGUAUACUUGUCAUAUGAAAAGCGAGCUGAGACUUUAGCUGUUGAAAUCAAAGACUUUCAAGGACAGCUAGCAGACUACAACAUGUUGGUAGAUAAACUUAAUACCAAUACUGAUAUGGAAGAAGUAAUGAAUGAUUACAACAUGCUUAAAGCUCAAAAUGAUCGAGAAACACAAAGUAUGGAUAUCAUAUUCACUGAAAGACAAGCGAAGGAGAAGCAAAUUCGAAGUGUAGAAGAGGAGAUUGAACAGGAAAAACAAGCAGCAGAUGGCAUUAUCAAAAAUAUGUCUCCUGAAAAACAAGUCAAGUACAUAGAAAUGAAAACCACAAAUGAGAAAUUAUUACAGGAAUUAGAUAUACUUCAGCAACAACUAGAUUCACUGAACAUGAAAAAAGAGAGUCUAGAAACCGAAAUAGCACACUCCCAGGUAAAACAGGAGGCUGUAUUGCUGCAUGAAAAACUUGAUGAGUUAGAGUCCCAUCGAGAUCAAAUGAUUGCUGAAGACAAAAGCAUGGGAUCUCCAAUGGAAGAGAGAGAGAGAUUACUUAAGCAGGUAAAAGAAGAUAAUCAGGAAAUAGCUAGCAUGGAGAGACAGUUAACAGAUUUAAAAGAAAAAAUAAAUCAAUUUAAUGAAGAAAUUAGACAACUUGAUAUGGACUUAGAAGAACACCAAGGCGAAAUGAAUCAGAAGUACAAGGAGCUAAAAAAAAGGGAGGAAAAUAUGGACACUUUUAUUGAGACCUUUGAGGAAACUAAAAGUCAGGAACUGGAACGGAAGGCACAGAUAGAAGCCAGCAUUGUUGCGCUUUUGGAGCAUAGUAGUCGGAAUAUAAAUCGUAUGAAACAGGUAUCCUCUAUCACCAAUCAAGAGCUGAAGAUAAUGCAGGAUGAUCUCAAUUUUAAAUCUACUGAAAUGCAGAAAUCACAAAGUACAGCUAGGAAUUUGACUUCAGACAGUCAACGUCUACAAUUGGACCUUCAGAAAAUGGAGCUCCUGGAAAGCAAGAUGACUGAAGAACAGCAUUCUCUAAAAAGCAAAAUUAAGCAAAUGAUAAUUGAUAUAGAGACAUUUAAUGAUUUGCCAGCUUUAAAAUCAUCAGGUGAAGAAAAGAAAAAGAAAUUACAUCAGGAAAGAACAGUAUUGUCAACCCACAGAAAUGCCUUUAAGAAAGUAAUGGAGAGGCUAAACACAGAAUAUGAGACACUAAAAACACAAUUGCAAGAAAAUGAGACACAUUCUCAGCUUACAAAUUUGGAGAGGAAGUGGCAACACCAUGAACAAAAUAAUUUUGUGAUGAAAGAAUUCAUAGCAACCAAGAGUCAAGAGAGUGAUUACCAGUCAAUUAGGAAGAAUGUGACCAAGCAGAUUGCAGAGUACAAUAAAACCAUCAUGGAUGCUCUACAUAGCGUGAGCAGAAACUGAGUCUGAACCAACUGCAAGUCUUCAAAGAAGUAUCCUCUUUCUGUUAAACUUUAUACAAGCUGAAUGAAAAAAAGAAAGUCUUACCUAAGAUUUUUGAAUGCUCUAAUUUUUGUGGCCUAUUUCAAGAGUGAUGUUUUAAAUAUAAUAGUUUAAUAGUUCAAUAAAUAGUUUGCAUAAGAAAAAUAUCAUCUUUUACAUUUUUGUUUUUGGGGGGGUGAUAAAAGUGUCUUAACAAACCAAGAGGUAACCAAGAAAAAGAUGUUCAUUGACAGACAUUUUGUUUUAUGGCAAAAUGUCAAUGGCAGCAAUUUUCAACCUCUUUCAUCUUAUGGCACACAUAAACUAAUUACUAAAAUUCUGUAACACACCAAAAAUAUAUUUUUUGUUGAUCUGACAAAAAUAGGUAUAAUUUUGAUUGAUUUACAAAAAAAAAUACUGAUUACCUACCCUUUUUUCUCCAAAGUGACUUUUUAAGAAAUCAGGUGCCUAUACUUGUACAUAAAGGUUUCUGGUACCAAGAAUUAACUAAUCAGAUGCAACCUUAUUAUGUGAUGUGACCAAUAAGAUGCAACUCUAUUAUAUGACCUAUCUAUUUAUGGUUCAAGACAGGACAUUCACACCAGAAGGCUAUUGUUGUGUUGACUGUUGUCUUUUUUUAUUUGACAAUCCAAGAGAAAAGAAGUUAGUGCCCCAGACUAAAUACCUAAGUGUUGCACGUUUUAAGACCUGUUGCGGCACAAGGAAUGAAAUUUGCUGAUCUGUGGCAGCAAAUAAGAUCUCAUGUGUCAGCUGUAGGAACGAUUCAUAGAGUGUGAUUCUGAUUUAGCUCUUAUAUCAAUCUUGUCAAUAUUUGCUUCAUGGUAAGAUUAAAAGAUGUUGAACUUUGAGCUGUACUUCUCAAAUAGAGUAUAUUUGAUGUGUUUUAAUAUAAAGUCACAGGUAAGUAUAUAACUUAUUCUUUAUCUUUCAGUUACACCUAAUAAUUUGAAAUUAAAAACUUACAACCUUUGCAUUUUAAAGACAUUUCCUCACAUGUAUAUGUUAGGAAAGACAUGAAGUUUAAAAGAAAGUGUGGCUAUUUUGGAAUAUGGCUGCUACUGUUUAUUUCCCCCCUGGAAUAUGCAUUUACUCUUUUGUACUGUAGGGGGACUUAAGUAGAUUAAUUUGCAAACAUUUGCCAGAACAUUUGAAAGGAAAAGCUAAAAGAUAUAUAAUUAUGGAGUAUGAGUCUGGGAGACAUUGUUAUAACUAAAGAUGUAUCCUCUCUUGUGGGCAAGCUUGAAUCACCUUGGUCCUCAUAAAAUAACCCUUCAGACUAUCCUUUUUUUGUUCCAAUCUCCUAUUUCUCAUGUUCAUCAGGUUACUCUGUUCUCCGUAUUCCUAAAACACAAGCAUAUUGAUGUCUUUGAAAGAAGAGGCUUUAUUGACAUAUAAUUUACAUAAUAUAAAAUGAUGCAUGUUGCUUUCCUGAAGUGAAGUUAUCACUGUAAACUAUUCAGCUUUAGUCUGUGUGAGUUUAGGUAGAGUGGUGGACAUUGUUGAGUUUGGUUAAUUCUGGAUUACGAGUACAGCUGAAGAUCCUGGACAGUGAUACAUUGACUAAGGUAGCAUAUUCCUAAAAUGUGUUCCUCAGAUCCUUUGUUACUCAGGUUAUUCAUAGUUAUUACACCACCAAAGAAUUCAUGGUCAGAAAAGUUUGGGAAACAUUGUUUAAAACAACAGUAAAUUCUUGGUUUUUCGGAGCCUCUAAUAUGCAAAUGUGCAAUAAGUUAAACAAGGGUAUACACUAUUAACACUAUACUAUUAAUAAUAAGCAUUUUUUCCCAAGUUGUAGGUAAUUUUACUUAGACUUUUGGUGCUUUCAAAAUUAUCUAAAUGUACAUAUAACACUUAGAAAUGCCAUAAAAAUUCAAGUAUGUUAGUACUUUAACUUGUAGACAAAGAGAUAUAAUAAUAAGACAACUGUAUAAUCUUUGAGCUACAGUGGAACCAAUCUUCACCCAGAAAAAAAGCAGGAGAAAGAUCAUCUAUCCAUUAAAUAAACAGUUUGUGUUUGCAUUAUAACAAUGGGAAGUUUGGCAGAGAAAAAAUGAAAAUUUAUUGAAAAAAGCAAGGUUUCCAACUUCCGUUCUAAAUUACUCAUAUAUGAUAUUUGGGGAACAUAAUUGAGCAGGAUUUCUUUAAACUAAAACAUGUGUUAUCUGAGGGAAAUUCUCACUAAUGUCUCUUCCUUCCUCUCAGAGCUUUUCAACAAAUACAAGAAUAUUCUCUCUACUAGGACAGAACUGGAAGCUACUAUCUGCAUGUACCGGUUCUUCCUCAGUCAGUCACAUUGCUCAGUGCGUUCCACUCCUGUUAAAACAACACCUUGUAAGUCAAAUGAAAAGAAACUGCACACUGAACAAACAUUGAGUAUUUUUUUUAAAGAUCAACAUGGGAAAGUUACAAGUCUUGUUUUUCCCAUCCUUACCCUUUAUCAAUAAAUAAGCAUGAGGUCUUGAUACUUUUUCUCACUAACCAGGGAAUCUCUCAUUUGAACCAUAUUCUGAUCUCAUGUUAAAGUGUAAAGUCAGUGCAGGGUUACAGGAUUAGAGCAUGGAAUAAUGUCAUUAACACUAGGAAAGAAACACCAGUUAGUAGGUGCUCCAGAGGAAGGGGCUGUCCCCCUAUCCAAUUUCCCUGUAGCCCUUUCUUUUUGGUAUAGGUUUGCAACCUAAACAACCUUUGUAAAUAAACACUGAUUAGACUUAAAAUAAGAAUAAUUCAAGAUGAAUUACUAAAGAAUGGUAAUCUAUUUUAUUUUAUUUUUUCAAUAUUUUUUUCAAUUACAGUUGACAUACAAUAUUAUAUUAGUUUCAAGUGUACAAGCUAGUGAUUAGACAUUUAUAUAAAUUACAAACUGAUCACCCUAAUAAAUCUAGUAUCCAUCAACACCAUAGAUAAUCAUUAACAUAUUAUUGACUAUAAUCCUAUGCUCUACUUUACAUCCUCAUGACUGUUCUGUAACUACUGAUUUGUACCUCUUAAUCUCUUCACCUUUCUCACCCAUCUCCCAACCCCCCCUCCCACCUGGCAACCAACAAAAUGUUCUCUGUUAUCUAUGAGUCUGUUUCUGUUCAUUUAUUUUGUUUUUACACUUGAUAUAUAAGUGAAAUCAUCUGGCAUUUCUCCUUUCUGACAUAUUUCACCCAGCACAAUACCCUUUAGGUCCAUGCAUGUUGUUGCACGUGCCAACAUUUCACUCUUAUGGCUAAGUCAUAUUCCAUUUAUGCGCCACGUCUUCUUCAUCUGUUCAUUUAAUGGUGGACACUUAGGUCGCUUCCAUAUCCUGGCUAUUGUAAAAAAAAAUGCUGCAAUGAACAUCUGAUGUAUAUGUGUUCUUUACUUAAUGUUUUGGGUUUCUUGAGAUAAAUACCUAGAAUUGCUGGGUCUUUCUUUGUCUCUUGCUAUAUAGCUUAUUUUUAAGUCCAUUUUUUCUGAUACACAUAUUGCUAUCACAACUUUUUUUUUUCAUUUCCAUUUAAUACCUUUUUCUCUUUCUUCAUUGUCAGUCUGUAUGUAUCUUCCAAACUAAAGUGAGUCUUUUGAAGACAACAUAUGUAAGGGUCUUGUUUAAUUAUCCAUUCAGCCACCAUAUGCCUUUCAAUUGGAGCAUUUAAUCCAUUUGCAUUUAAAGUAAUUAUCAAUAGAUGUUUGUUGCCAUUUUAUUACUCAUUUUUAAUUUUUUUCUUUUUUUUCUUAAAGAAAACCCUUUAACAUUUCUUGUAAUACUGGUUUGGUAGUGAUGAACUCCUUCAGAUUUUCUUGUCUGGGAAGCUCUUAUCGGUCCUUUGAUUUUAGUCACAGCUUUACUUGAAAGAGUAAUCUUGGUUGUAUGUUCUUGCUUUUCAUUACGUUAAAUAUUUCAUGUUGAUCCCUUCUGGCCUGAAGUAUUUCUGUUGAGAAAUCAGCUCACAAUUUUGUGGAAACUUCCUUGUAGAUAACUGUCUCUCUCUUCUGGUUCUUAAGGUUUUCUCUUUAAACUUGGUAUUUUAAUUAAGAUGUGUCUUGGUGUGGGCCUUUUUUGCGUUCAUCUUGUUUGGGAGUCUGUGCUUUCUGGACUUGUAUAUGCAUUUCUUUCAUUAAGUUAAGGAAGUUUACUGUCAUAUUUUUCAAAUAGGUUUUAAUUCCUCGACUUUCUCUUAUUUUUCUGGCACUCCCAUGAUGCAAAUGUUGGUAUGCUUGAAGUUGUCCCAGAGGCUCCUUAAACUAGCCGCAUCUUUUGGAUUCUUUUUUUCUUUUUGCAGUUCUGAUUGGCUGUUUUCUGCUUUCUUAUCUUCUAAAUUGCUGAUUUGAUCCUUGGCUUCAUCUACUCUGCUGUUGAUUUCCAAUAAUGUAUUUUUCAUUUCUGAUUGGCUCUUUUUUAUAUUUUCUAUCUCUUUGUUGAAGUUCUCACUAAAUUCAUUUACUCUUCCGCUAAAUUUAUUGAACAUUCUUAUACUAAUGUUUUAAACUCAGCAUCUGGUAGAUUGCUUAUUUACUUUUCUGGAGUUUUGUCCUGCUCUUUCAUUUGGGACAUGUUUCUUUGUCUCCUCAUUUUGACUGCCUUCCUGUGUUUGUAUCUAUGUAUUACAUAGAGCUUGUACGUCUCCCAGUCUUGAUAGUAUGGCCUUAUGUAUGUAGUAGGUGUCCCCUAAGGCCCAGUGUCACAGCUUCCCCAUUCUUCCCCUUGUGCGGUCUGUGUGCACCCUCCUGUUGUACUUGAGCCUUGAUUGCUGUUUACACUUCAGUGGGAGAGAUUUACCCCCAGGCUGGUCGGCUUCAAGGACUGGCCAUGACCACUAGGGAAGAUCUGCUGUGCAGAGCCCAAAAUCACAAAGCAGGAGUUGCUUCAGUAAGGCUCUCAUGUCUGCCAAGUUCAUGCCUUGAGUGUUGUUCAUGGAAGUGGUUGAGUGGUGUUUCAGCAUGUUCUGAUGCCGUCUACUGGUACAAUGACUGGGUUCUCCUGGGAGGUGCAGGCCAAGGGUGUCCAUUGCCUGUGUCCUGCCCAGGGCCACCUGGCAUGAGCAACAAAGUGAUCUGAAAAUGACUGCUGCGUAUGCUGGGCUUGGGGCGACUUAGAAAGAGGUACAGGCAUGCACACACCAGAUGCUGCUUGUUUAAGAACUUUUAGAAAAGUUCACAGCAUAAACCAAGGCAGAUUAUACAGAAAAGUCACCGAAAAUGAAUGGCUUGGACGAUUCCAAAAAUUGGGCAGGGCAGGGUCUCAUGGAACUACCAGGGUGAACAGUGUUAGUGAGGUCAAUAGAGACUCAGCUAUGGUGCCUGCCUGCCAGCUCUGUGGGGAGAGGGCUCAACAAAGGAACCGUGGCCUCUGUUAGCAUUUCUGUCUGGGAGAAAGCUACCCCUCCAACCCUUGCCCUGAUGCCAGACAAUCCAGUUACUCCCCAUAUCUCCCUGGCACCUUUCGAACUGCUGCCACAGUACUGGAACUCAGAGGGGGUGAAUCCAAGUAAGACUGUGUUUGGGCCCUUUAAGAGGAACUCCUGGGACUCCAGAAGCACUGGUCUCAACUCGGCCACAAUCCCCCUGGUUUUCACAGCCAUAAGUUAUGGGGACUUCUCUUCCCAGCACUGGAACCCUAAGUUGGAGGAACCUGGUGUGGGACUGGAACCCCUUGCUUCUCACGGGGGACUUUUGCAGUCAAGAUAUCUCUCCUGACUUUUAACCACCAUGGGUGGGUGUGGGACAAGGCAUUCUGUGUCUCUACCCCUCCAACUAGUCUAGAAAUGGCUGCUGCUUCAUAUCGUUAGUUGUAGGACUUCUGUCCAUCCAAGUUUCAGGCAGUUCUGAAUAAUGAUGAUUCUGUACUUUAUUUGUAAUUUUUAUGUGUUUUGGGGAGAAUGUGAGUACCGCAUUUAUCUACUUUGCCAUUGUUACCAGAAGCCUGUAGUAAUCAGUUUUAAAAUUGUUACCAUCCAUUUUAUGUUCUUUUAAAAUAAAAGUAGAUUGUGUAGGCUGUGUCUUUAAGUUACAGAUUCACAGGAUGAGAUGUGAAAUCGAACAUGUUUGAAAUGACAAUAUUUAAUACAGAGUUGGAAAUUUAAGAAAGGCAGAUAAACAUAAUGAAGAAAGUAGCUGACUUCUGAUCUCACCAGUCUCUUUAAAUGUGCAUGUAUAUAUUUGUCACACAUGUCUGUUUGGUAU